AACAAUUACACUCCAUUACUCCAAACUGAUAGCAUAUUAGCAUCAUUGUAAAAAUAUAUUUAAAUUUCAGAUUUCAAAACUUUUUCAGUUUAUUUAAAGUUUUAUGUAUAAAAAAACUUAAAUAUUAUUUAAAAUUAAGUAUUAUAUAAUAUCUGCAUAUCAAUAUUCAAUAUGCAGUCGUCUCAGACUGGCAUGGUCGGUCAACCAAGCUUUAAUGUAGGGCCAGGUUUACAAUCGAAUAUACAGACACAGGUUCCUGGUCAACACAAUGUAUUGGUACCACAAGUUCCUCUCAAUCAAAAUCCCGUAGGUGUUGGUUCUGUUUCUCAGCCACCAGUACCACCUUCCAACCCAAAUCAGUCAGCAUCUGGUCAUCAAUUUAACACUGCAUCUUUGUGUCGAUUUGGACAAGAAACAGUACAAGAGAUAGUAUCUCGCACACACGAAGUGUUCCAAAUACUUAAGGUUCUAAUGCCACCAAAUGGUACUCCAACUGGUGCUAAUAUGAGUAAUGAAAGACGUAUUAAAAUGCAAGAUCAAUUGAGAAACAUAAAAUUACUAUUCAAACGACUAAGAAUUAUUUAUGAAAAAUGUAACGACAGUUGUCAAUUACAAGGUAUGGAGUAUAUGCAUAUAGAAGGACUAAUUCCACUCCAAGAAGAAUGGGAUAUGAAGUCUGAAGAAAGGAAAACUAGUGAAACUUACCGUGUUGCUAGCGAUGAAAUGAAAGAAGUAGCAGAACAAUUAAGUAAUAAGAAUAGACAUUUAAAAGAAAUAAUUGAUCACCUUCGACGAAUUAUAUGGGAAAUAAAUACUAUGUUAGCAAUGAGGAGGUCUUAAUAUACUUAUUUAAUUAAGAUGGUGUACUUAAUUUUCAAAUAAAAUAUAUUAAUAAUCUUCCAUAUUUAUACAUACUUCUUAUUUAUAAGAUAAUUUUAAGAUAAAGUAAAAUGCAUGUGAAUAGUUUGAUCUAUAACAUUUAUAUAUUAUAUAUUUAAUUAGAAUCAGUUCAUGUAUUUUUUUUUUUUAUAAUAAUUAUAAAAGACACAAUUUUUAUAACUUAAUUUAAUAACCAAUAGGCAAAUUAGUAAAUAUGAAUUAUUUUAUGAUUCAAACAACAAUAUUAAUCUUUGAAUGCUUAAUUUUAAAAUGUAUAUUUUAUAUUUUUAUUGGUAUUUUUUUCAUGUGAAAAAUAAAUGUGUGUAUAAUAUUAAUAAAAAUAAAGAAAUUGUAAAUAUUGAAA